AACGAUCUUCACAUUGAAGAUCGUUCACUCAAUUUUGAGACAAAUAAUUUUCAGAAAAAUUAAAAUGUAACAAGGGAAGAAAAUAAUAAAUUCAAGAUGUAAUCGUUGCGUUACAAAAAUCCCGAAAUGGCCGAAGAUAACAUCGACGAUAUCCUGGUGCGCCUCGACGAGAUCGAGAAGCUGCAGACAGAACUUCGGCAUUUAGUACCGCGAGUUACGAGUAACUCGUCCAGACACUUGCAGAAUGUAUCUCGCGAUUCAACCGCGUCGAAUCGUUUCCCAUCUCUCUUAACGUUUCCCGUAAUUUCGAACUUUACAUCAACUCCGAAAAACGAACGUGUACAAAAGUCAACCGCGCGGUUGAACCUUAACAGCAAAUUGUCGAGUGGUAACCGAUAUUCGACGGUAAAUCUGAAAAAUACAGGAGGAUCUCAGAGUAAAACAAGAGAAACAAAUGUUUUUAAAAAUCUAUUGAGAAGCAGCAACAACGUCGCUAGCUCACACGUGAGAAAUUCUUCGGUCUCAACCUCUGUAGCGGAUUCGACGACGCUGAUAAGGAGCACUAUCGCAAAUCGAAUGGCUAGGGAUCCACAAGAAGCAAUUAAAAAGAGAUUAAAAAGCGAAACAUCGAAGAUUACUACAGCUAGAGAUAAAACGCAACGUGCAACUGGCGAGAGAUCCAAUGUGCAGUUAUCCGGGAAUAAAAAUGUGAACUCAAAUAUCAGACAUUCAGGUUCAUGAGUCAGAAGCUACAGAAUCACGGGGCAUACAUCUAUAAGAAAUCGGUAUUGUGAAAGAAAUUGCACUUUUGUCGAGCGAUUUAUGGAAAAACUGAACUACUGUUUUAUAAACAAUAAGAGAGUGACCGUUCCAUAUCAUCAUUUGGGGAAUAGAACACCCAGAAGAGUGAAGAUACUAUAUUCACCAACAAUUAAAGGAACAAAAACUUUGCGAUUAUACGAGUCCGAGGC